GUGGUUGCAGACACCAACAUCAGCGCCAUCGCAACUCAGGUGGAGAGUUUGUCCAGCAGCUCCAAUCUGUCAGCAAACACUGACACACACACUGCAGAGCCAGAGGGUCCUCGUCCUCGCAGCAUCAGUCUGGAGAAAGGUUCUGAAGGACUCGGCUUCAGCAUCGUUGGAGGAUUUGGGAGUCCACAUGGAGAUCUGCCAAUCUACGUCAAGACCGUCUUCAGCAAGGGCGCGGCGGCGGUGGACGGGCGUCUGAAACGAGGCGAUCAGAUCCUGACGGUGAACGGAGAGAGUCUGCAGGGAGUCACACACGAGCAGGCCGUCGCCAUCCUGAAGAAACAGAGAGGGACGGUCACACUGGACGUCCUGUCAUAACACACACACACACACACACACACACACACACACACACACACACACACACACACACACCUCUGCAUGCAGACUCAAAGACGAUGAAAACACUUCUUGACUCUUGGACUGCAGAUCGUCAUGGAUCGUAAACUUUGAAGUUCCCAACGUGCAAAAAAAAGAACAAGAAACAAAAAGCAUCACAUGGUGCCCACACACACACACACACACACACACACACACACACACACACACACACACACACACACUCACACACACACUCACACACACACUCACACACACACUGAUGUCUAACAGUAUAUCUCUCUGCAGCAUGGCCAGAAAUGUCUUACAGCUUUUAUACCUACUAACAGAGUUUCUCAACCUGUGGGUCGGGGUCAAUUAAAGGGUCACCUUGUGUUUGGCAUUGGGUCGUGAGAUGUCACUCAUGAAUCCAUAUCCGCUCGUCGCAGCAUUACAACAACCAUCUGAUAUAUUCUGCAUGACAUUUGAAGUUUGUGACUCUUCUGCAAUUUGGUUUCUCACCUUUAUGAAACACAAACGUCACGACAGAUCUUCUGAUGAUGAAACAAAACAAACGUUGAUCUGAUCAGCUGUUCUGUUUCCGAUAAGCAGCCAUUUAUUUGUGUUUGUGCCUCGUGGUUAUUUUGUAGAAGAUGCAUCUUUAACCUAAAAUUAUUGCUUCCUGUAAACAAAUCACUUGAAUGCUUUCAUCAUGUUAGCAUGUUAGCAUGUUAGCAUUAGUUCCUGAGCUCCUGAUGCAAAAGAUGACGUAAUAAGAAUAACGUUGAAGUGGCGUCGAAGCAACAGAGUCCUCUAUACGACGCUAUAAAGACAAUCUCAAAGUGAAGUAAAGAGAGGAGAAGAACAUCCUGGAGAACAGGAAACAUGCAGCAGCAGGUUGAUUAGAGCACGGAGAUGGUAGAG